AUGAAAAAACAACUUUACCAAGUCGCCAAAUCACAAACUAGAACAUUCACAAAGGUAAACCAACAAAAUGCCUCUUCGGCAGCUAGUUCAGCUUCGGCAACUAGACCAACACCUUCACCUGCUUUCAAUACUGCUGAUGUCGAUUCACCACUGAAACAAACUCCACCAAUCACUUCAUUGCACAACACUCCUCUUGCACAACAACAACAACAACAACAGCAGCAGCAGCGCCAUCGUCGUGGUGGACUUGGCGGCCAAAAAGAUGUUGUGAUGGAUGACUCAUUUAUUGGUUUGACCGGUGGUGAAAUCUUCCAUGAAAUGAUGCUUAGACACAAUGUAGACACUGUGUUUGGAUAUGCAGGUGGAGCCAUUUUGCCAGUGUUUGACGCUAUCUACAACUCGGAAAAAUUUAAAUUUGUUUUGCCCAGACACGAACAAGGUGCCGGCCACAUGGCUGAAGGUUAUGCCAGAGCCAGCGGUAAGCCAGGUGUUGUCUUGGUUACUUCGGGCCCUGGUGCCACAAAUGUCAUCACUCCAAUGGCGGACGCAUUAAUGGAUGGUGUUCCAUUGGUUGUGUUUACCGGUCAAGUGCCCACUACCGCUAUUGGUACCGAUGCUUUCCAAGAAGCUGAUGUCAUUGGUAUCUCAAGGUCUUGUUCAAAGUGGAAUGUUAUGGUGAAGAAUGUUGCUGAAUUGCCAAGGCGUAUUAACGAAGCAUUUGAGAUUGCCACCUCUGGUAGACCAGGUCCCGUUUUGGUUGAUUUACCAAAGGAUGUCACAGCAUCAAUCUUGAGAGAAUCCAUCCCAAUCAAGACUACAUUACCAUCCAAUGCAUUGAGUAUGAUUACAAAGAAAGCCGUAAAUGAGUUCACCUCGGAAGCAAUCAAGAGAUCAGCAAACAUCUUGAACAAGGCCAAAAAGCCAAUCAUUUACUGCGGUGCUGGUAUUCUCAACCACGAAGAUGGACCCAAGUUAUUGAAGGAGUUGGCUGACAAGGCCAACAUUCCAGUUACCACCACAUUACAGGCAUUGGGUGCAUUUGACCAAAGAGAUUCCAAAUCAUUGGAUAUGUUGGGUAUGCAUGGAAGUGCUGCAGCCAACACAGCAAUACAAAAUGCUGACUGUAUCAUUGCUCUUGGUGCUAGAUUUGACGAUCGUGUUACUGGUAACAUUGCCAAAUUUGCUCCAGAAGCUAAAUUGGCAGCCAGCGAGAACCGUGGUGGUAUCUUGCAUUUUGAAAUCUCGCCAAAGAACAUCAACAAAGUUGUUGAGGCAACCGAGGCUAUUGAAGGUGAUGUCACUGCAAACUUGAAGAAAUUUAUUCCUCUCGUAAACUCCAUUAGCGACAGACCAGAAUGGUUUGCUCAACUUAAUGAAUGGAAAGAGAAAUACCCAUACUCAUACCAAUUGGAAACACCAGAAUCCAAAAUUAAGCCACAAACAUUGAUUAAGGAAAUCUCGGACCAAUCAAUGACAUACAAUAAGGAAGUUAUUGUUACAACCGGUGUUGGACAGCAUCAAAUGUGGGCAGCUCAACAUUUUACAUGGACCAAGCCAAGAACCAUGAUCACAUCAGGUGGUUUGGGAACCAUGGGAUAUGGUCUUCCAGCAGCUAUUGGUGCACAAGUGGCUAAGCCAGAUGCUAUUGUCAUUGACAUUGAUGGAGAUGCCUCAUUCAACAUGACCCUUACUGAACUCUCUUCUGCAGUUCAAGCCGGAGCACCAGUCAAGAUUUGUGUCCUCAAUAAUGAAGAACAAGGUAUGGUGACACAAUGGCAAUCUUUAUUCUACGAACACAGAUACUCGCACACACAUCAAACUAACCCAGACUUUAUGAAAUUGGCCGAGGCUAUGGGCGUCAAGGGUAUCAGAAUCGAGACCCAGGAUCAAUUGAAGUCUGGUGUUAAGGAAUUUUUGGACUGUAAAGAGCCAGUCCUCUUGGAAGUUUACGUUGAAAAGAAAGUGCCAGUCUUGCCAAUGGUGCCAGCUGGUAAAGCAUUGGACGAUUUUAUCCUUUGGGACUCAGAGACUGAAAAACAACAAAAUGCAUUGAGGAAACAAAGAACUGGUGGAUUGUACUAA